AUGAGCCUUAUUGAUUUUCAGAAUACCGUACUACAGAAAUUGGGAUUGUAUGGAAUGAAACGAAUAGAGAUUUUAUAUUAUAGAAUUCCAAUUUCUGUUGUUCACGAUGGGGUGAAGUACGACUCGUUUGUGAUAGACAAUGACGAGGAUCUGCAAGUUUUAUUUUAUUGUGAUUGCCAGUUUCCGAAAGUAAGAAUCCCUGAUCCAUUGGCCAAGUUUGUGGAUGUGGUUUCUAGUUCAGGAAAGUCGAACCAGAAUUAUCAAUCAGUACUAAUGGCAGCAGCCUCCAGUUCAACUCAUGUUGGUGCGUCUUCAUCUCUACUUGUAAUGGCAUCUAUAGGAGAUUUAGUGGCUUCUUUGUCCUUCGCAACCUAUCUGCACCGCGAUGAAAUUGCUGAUGUAGGUGCUUACAUCAAUACUCCUGUUAUGACCUCGCAUUCUAGGGAGGUUGGAGAACCGAAUGCGGUGGAAGACGUGCUAGGGGAUGACGAUGAUGUCAAGCCCACCAUGAUUGAGGAUGAAAACAAUGAUGACAUAGGGAGGAGUAUUCUAGUUAGGGCUGGUAGAGUAUCGAGUUCGGGAACUCAACAGUAUCCACUGCACUUUUUGAAUCUAGACUUAGAUGCCAUGAGACGUCAGGGGUUCCCGGAUGUGGAAUCCAAUUUUGGGGUCAGAGAUUCACAGGACAUUGUAGGUAUAGCUGAGUUUCAAACUUAUAGUAUCCAUCGGGGGGUUGAGUACAAAGUCUUAGAAUUGGACCAUGCUAACUACUACAAAAAGUGUAAGGAGUUCGGAAACAGCUGCAGAUGGUCGAUUUGGAUCACUCAACGAGCUGAUGCAGCUGUGUCCAUCAAGGUACUGCAAAAUACGACAGAGGCACAUUUUGGGUUUAGACCUAUGUACAAAAGGAUUUGGCUGGCUAAGCUGAAGGUCAUCGCACAGAUAUAUAGGGACUGGGAGGAAUCCUAUAAUGAGUUGCCAAGGAUGGAAAUUCUAAUAACGUUCCCAUUGCUUUUGCCCCAAUAG